AUUCCCUUUUAGCCCUCCUCCAUAAAAGCUGUUUCCUAUUUGUAUGGAUUUUGGAUUACUCAUCUUUCUGAACACUCUUUGAGAGAGGUCCAUAGUUAUCUACCUCAGAUUCAGCUGCAUCUCCCUUUUUUUUUCUUUUUUCCCUUAACUGAGCUUAAAGCUGGCAAAGAAGUUCUCUAAACAUGUGGAGUAGAUAUCUCUUUGUGGCUUUCUGUUUAUGGUCCUUGACAUGUUCACUUUUUCCUGCUUCCUCUAAUGGCCUGGUGAGAAUUCCUUUGAAGAAGCGAACCCUUGAUCUUCAAGAUGUCAAAGCUUCCAAAUUUGCAAGGGAGGCAAAAUUGAGAGAGUCUCGUUAUUUGGGUGAUUCAGAGGAUGAUAUAGUACCUUUGAGUAACUAUUUGGAUGCCCAAUAUUAUGGGGAAAUUGGUAUUGGCUCUCCCCCUCAGACCUUCACUGUCAUAUUUGAUACUGGCAGUUCCAAUCUUUGGGUUCCAUCAUCAAGAUGCCACUUUUCUAUUGCCUGCCUUUUCCACUCUCGGUACAAGUCAAGCCGGUCCAAGACAUAUACCAAAAUUGGAAAAUCAUGUGAAAUAAGGUAUGGAUCGGGAUCAAUCUCUGGUUUCUUCAGUCAAGACAAUGUUAAAGUUGGGGACCUUACUGUCGAAGAUCAGGUCUUUAUCGAGGCUACACGGGAAGGCAGUCUAUCGUUUGUGAUAGCAAAGUUUGAUGGUAUACUUGGACUUGGAUUUCAGGAAAUUUCAGUUGGGAAUGCUACUCCAGUGUGGUACAACAUGGUGGAGCAAGGUCUCGUAAAUGAUGAGGUAUUCUCAUUCUGGCUAAACCGUGAUCCGGAUGCAAAUGUGGGAGGUGAAAUUGUUUUUGGCGGUGUUGAUGAAAAUCAUUACAAAGGGAAGCAUACUUAUGUUCCUAUUACUAGAAAGGGUUACUGGCAGUUUGAAUUGGGAGACAUUCUUGUUGGAACCCAAUCAACAGGUGUUUGUGAGGGUGGUUGUGCUGCUAUUGUGGAUUCAGGAACAUCCUUACUCGCUGGUCCAACUACGGUUGUGACUGAAAUCAACCAUGCCAUUGGAGCUGAAGGAUUAAUCAGUUCAGAAUGUAAGGAAAUUGUUUCUCAAUAUGGAAACUUAAUAUGGGAUCUUCUCGUAUCAGGGGUAGAACCUAACAAAGUAUGUUCGCAGAUUGGUGUGUGCAUUUUCGGAAGGGAUAAGCAAGAAAGUGCCGGUAUCAAACAAGUGGUUGAGGAGGAAAACAAGGAGGUUGGGGACACCGCUUUGUGCACAGCUUGUGAGAUGCUUGUGGUUUGGGUUCAGAAUCAACUGAAACAGAAGGGAACAAAAGAAAAAGUUCUUAACUAUGUGAAUGAGCUAUGUGAAAACCUGCCAAGUCCAUCAGGAGAAUCAGUAAUCGACUGUGAUAGCCUUUCGAGCAUGCCUAACAUCACAUUCAACAUUGGAGGCAAACCUUUCCUUCUCACUCCAGACCAGUACAUUGUGAAAACUGGAACAGGCUUUGCUACAAUCUGUAUCAGUGGAUUUAUGGCUUUUGAUGUGCCUCCACCAAGGGGUCCUCUCUGGAUUCUUGGAGAUGUUUUUAUGGGGGCUUAUCACACGGUAUUCGAUUAUGGGGAUCUCAAAGUGGGCUUUGCUGAAUCUGCUUAGGAAUUAGAACCAGAUUAUCUGGUUGUCUGUAUCUUGUGUAUUAUCAGACUAUUUUCAAUACGCUUGAGGCUUUUAUGCAUGUUAAAUAUUGGUGUAUAAUAUACUGCUCAAUAAAUCACACGCUUGAGGCUUUUUUUUUUU